AUGGAUGCUGUAUCUUCAACGACUAGCUCUGCAAAUGCUCCGCUUGGCCAUCUAGUAGACUUCAUUGGCAAAACGUAUGGUUCUGUCCUUCUAGGAACGUAUCUGUCGCUCAUAUUGUACGGCGGACUCUUGCAUCAGACAUAUCGCUACUUCGGCGCAUACCCUGACGAUAAGAUAGGCAUCAGAAUCAUUGUUUCAGUUACGGUGCUGCUGGAGACUGUCCAUACAGCUGUAUCUACAUACAUCUGCCUCGACAUCUCUAACCUGCGCGAACUAAAUCUCAGAUUCUUCGCUCACAGAGCAUACGUCUUCGGGAACCAGUAUCGCCCAUGGAUGAGGCUGGUGGUCGUGCUGUUGUUCCUUGCAUUCGGGUUCUCGUUAGGUUCUACAUUUGUCGGCUAUUUGAGACCCUCGCACUACAUCGGAAUAUCCGGAAUACGCGCGCCCUGGCUCGAUCCAUGCGCUACGGCGCUGCCUGUCUUCGCGGACAUUAUCAUGACAACUGUGCUCAUCCGUGCGCUGCAUCUCAGCCGAAGCGGCAUCAAGAGCACCGAUUCACUGCUCGACAGGGUGAUACUCUACACCGUCACCACAGGUUUGCUCACGAGCGGGUGCAUGAUCCUGUUAUUCGUGACGGAGCUCGUCUUUCCAGGUGGCUUGCUAUACGCCGGCGUCUCGUUCGUGUCCAUCAAGUUGUAUACGAACAGUCUUCUCGCAGCGUUGAACACUCGACAAUCGUUAAGAGACGCCGCCUUCCAUCCGUCUGGGAUCAAGGUCUUCGGCAGCGGUUUUGGCGCAUGCGCAGAGGAAGCUCGUAGUCUACCGGGGCUUGCCCCAGGAGGGGCCAACGCAGUAACUGUGGAGCUCGCGGAGAUGGGGGUAUCUCGUGAAGAUGGAAACGCCUAGUGCUCUCGGCCUAGGUCUAUUGCUGCCACUGUAGUGCUGGUGGCUGUUAUCGAUGCCAAUAAUCGAGGCCGGCGACCUGUUGCAGACGAUUCUAUGAGAAAUAGGCAUAGCCUCUGAUUGCGCUAAAGCUAUUGGCUCUCAUGGAGUCUUGUCGAUUCCUGCAUGCUGUAAAGAGAGCUGUGGUACUAUGAUCGUGACUGGUGAACAGCCUGAUACAAGGAAUUUACGGAGCUUUGGC